AUGCUAAGCGCUAGUUUGACAUUUCAAAUGCUGUUAUGUGCUUCAAUCAAUCGAUUAAGUUGGAGUUGGCGACGAAAAAAGCAUCAACAACAGAGUUGUUGCCGUCGAAUUGCCGACUAUUUUUGUCAUCUCUCAAAUGCAUUCAAGCUCAGUUUGAUCUCAUGUAUUGUUUGGGCCGUUAUUUCUCUUCAACAUGUCUUCAAUUACACUAUUGUUUCUCGUUCACAAGGUUGUGUUGCUCGAAACCUUACUCUUUGGACAGUAUGGGUCACUCUUAUUCAUUGCCUUCUUUUGCCAAUAUUGAUGAUUCUGUUCGGUAUAUUAACGCUGAAAAAUAUUCGAACAUUACCAAUUAUUCGUUGUUUUCAUAAUCGUCGUUAUGAUCAAAAUCGUCAAUUCGUUCAAAUGUGUCAUCAUUGUGUUGAUAGUCGACGAUCAGCUCAAUAUCAAAUUGAAAAACAAUUGACAUGGAUGAUUAUUGCCGAAAUAAUUGUGACUGUAUUAACGUCAUUUCCCUAUGCUGCUUACAGUUUCUAUCGACUUCUUACUAUCAAUAGACAAACAUAUGAAACAAGAGUGUCAAACACAGCCAAGUUGAUUGAAUUAAUUAUACGUAUGACUGUUUAUUUGGAGCCAAGCUGUGGAUUUUACAUUUAUUUAAUGACAUUAACUACACUGAGAAAACGUUUUAUCAGCAUACUUUGGAAAAGAUUAACUUCUGUAUGUUGUUGUUGGUGGUAG